AUGGCCGAUGCAGUGUUGCACCAUUUGUUCCGUCGAUUUCUUAUUGCCCAUAACUACUCUCAAACGCUGAGGGCCUUCGAUUCCGAAUCUGGCGAUGACAAACUGUGUGGUUUGGUAAGUAUUUUCGCUCAACGAGUCUUUAUUUUGCUCUCAGUUUCAACCAUCAAAGAUUGUCAGAGAAAUACAAAGAGCCAUCACAGUUCUCGAUGUUUCCGCACUUGACCGGAUUUGGUCUGGCCUUGAGACGUGCUUUGGGUGUCGACUCGAUAAAGCUCGACAAAAGCAAUUUGAAAUUUUCAAAAUCCACACUUACCGGACUCUUAUCUGCGAGGCCGUUAAGGGUAAAAGGACCGAAGUUGUGACUUCAUUUUUCACUGAACAAAAGUCUUUUGACCUCACGAGCGAAGACUGGCCCGCGUGGCUAGGUAAGUUGGUUGACGUUCUACUGACACGAGCAUGGCGAUAUUGAAAAGGGCCAAAUUAUUUUAAUUGGUUCAUUUCAUUUUUUAGUUAAUUAGUGCGACCCUCGACACUUAUCUCUGCUAUUUCCCUAACCCUAAUUUUCCGAAGAUGGUAAUGAUUUUUCUUAUUUCAUAGAUCACCCUGCUAAUUAUGAAAACAAUAGUUAUUGCUGAAUGUAACGUCGCAAUUAUGACUAAGACAGUAUAAACGACAAUCCUCCUCCCCAUCCUCUUCCACCUCUCUCCUCAUAAUAAUGACAGUAAUACUAAUUAACAGCUCCGACAUGUGGGGAUUACAUAUUGUAAUGUCCUGAACUGCCAAGAAAAUCUACCAUUUUUCCCUAAUCUCUGCAUGCAGGUAGUCUUUUCGUCUUUCCACUAAGUGCUAUCGUUUUGAGUGCACUCAAUGUCAGACAGUGCUUUACUUGACCAUCGUGAACAUUAGGGGUUUCUCAUUUGCGUGGUCGGGUUCGUUCAGAUUUUUAUUACUUUAUGGUGAAAUUUGCCUGUCCUGCUACAUGUAUUUCAUCACGAACCACUUCAGCGAACCUGUUCACGACUGACUGAAAACAGUACGUACUCACAAAAUGACCGUUCUGGCCCCCCUUCCUUUUUUACCGGUAAUGCUUCUCGAUAGCACAGUAGACCACAUAUUGUUGAGGUCAUGCGACCAUCAUCCACUUCGAGGUCUAUUUAUUCAAGACACCGUAAGAUAAGAGAGAAAAGUAAAUGAUCAUACAGCAACGUAAACGAGGCCACGAAAGCACAUACCAUUCCGUCUAGUAGAAUCAACCACUGGCCGUCGUCGGGACGUCCUAAUCGUUGUCGAAAUUUUUUGUCUCACAUGCCACCCCGUCGGCGCCAGUAGCAGUUGUUCACAGCCGCCGACUUCCGCCUUUAUUUCUCCAUCCUUUUAUACUCAUCAGUUGUCCUCCACAUUUUGGGGUGUUUCGAUAAGCCGCAUCGUGGACUGUUGUGACUCUCUGCCAGACAGCCUACGGCCAUGUCAUUAGCCAAACUGACUAUACCCCCCCCCCUCCAGUGCCCGUCUAAAGUCUACUUUCGAAAAACUAUGCUCUCUUAUCUGCCUGAGACGACGAGCUAAGACCUUGAUCUGCUGUCUGUAAUUUCAGCUUUAUCAUUCACACCGGAUCCUUCGAGGACUGCUCCCUUCAGCCACUAUUUUACUCGAACAUGGAGGGAUAUCCUUUUGUUGUCAAUCAGCAACUAUCUGUGCAUCAUUUUUGCUGCAGUACUGCCCAACCCGGUUGACCUCCCCGCGCCAGCUAAUGUGAGCAUUUUCUCUCAUUUCAUCGCUCUUUGAGGUUUUGCUGUUUGCUUCUGAAAGUCUGAUUGGUUGCUUCCUUCACGUGUAUUUAACAUCCCGGACAGUAUUUCCAGUUCAUGCGCUCACUCCACGGGUUUUCUGCUCAAGUCUGUUGCAUUUUAAUGGGUAUUAUCAGCUCUGAAAUUAUUUCGUGUACUCAGAACGGAAAAAGUUCCCGUGGAAGCAGGAUUAAGUUAAGCCUUGUCCCAGAUGUAUCCGCCUUUAUUAAUCUUUAAAUAUCCUUUUUGAAUGUUUACUCAGGGCUUUGGUUCUGCAACAAGAUACGUGCAAAACUGUCCGUGGAUUGCUUUUCAAUACAGUCAACAGCACGGACUCUUUUUGAAAUUGUGUUCAGUUUACUUUAGAAGAUCAGUUAAGUAGCAAAGACCUUAAAACCAGCCACUUAUUACCCCACAGGGGUAUGACAAUUCCUGUUUUUGCGCCUUACAAUACCUAUGUGAUCAUUGGCAAGAAUUUGUUCAAGCAUUUGUGAACUCGCCUUCAGUGUUAGGUUUUGGCGUCCAGGUCCUCGCUGAAGUAGCUGUCUGCACUCCUUCUUCCCGCCGAUAGUUUUGGCCUUCGAAACGUCGUGCAGUCAGAAGUGCAAUCUGCGGCAGACAACCCUGCAUUUAGUAGACCAUGAAGAAGUAAACUGUCAGUGGAUUAAUGGGGUCACAAUACCAUUGUGGACAAAUGUGUGCAGAAUUUGUACACGACUAGCUUUUGGCAUCUUACUUGCAACUUUUUUCAUCUUUUUACGGCUUGCACCCCCCCCCCCCCAUGUAGCCCUAAAAGGCCCUCAAGCACGUUUGGGGGUGCAUUUUAAUUGUCAGUUCUGAAUUAUGGUGAAACGGUACCAAGGAAUUUCUAGGGAUACCUAAGUGCUGGACUUUGGUCGAAUUGAGUAGCUUUUAUUGACGGACCGCGAUGUUGCGUUAGAUCUGACCUUGGGCCCGUAGCUCGCCCAAGACGAAGGGCUUUAUUCAGUCCCAGAUACUGUUCGCACUUUAACCCAUAGGCGGUCUAACUUGAAUUUGCCACUGGCGUGUGCAAAAAAAAUCAAGGCGAUUUUAUCGAUCCAAUUCUGAUCCACACCUUUCUUCCUAUUUACUAUAAACCAACACACCUUUAAAUGGUCAUGAUACGCCUGGGGUCUUGGCACAAGAAUUUGUCACCUGACGGGAUAACUAGGACCUCCUUCACACUGAGACAGACUACAAUGGGUCCUUCUCAGUGUUAUUAUUGUAGUAACUCUUCGAUGAGAGAUCCUAGACUCUUUUACUUGAAGCUUAUUCUGGUGCUUAUGGGGAGCAUCACGUAUGUGCCACUAAUACGUUUAAAUUCCGUCACAGCACUCAUGACGACCUCAUUCGUUUUAACUUCUUCUAGCCCCUGGAACAUGACGGGUGUGGAAAAAUCAAGUUAAGUUGCUAGCAUAUAGCUCUUCCUUCUUAUAACAUGUACCUUCAUCGGUCAGGUCUGUAAACUGGUGUUUCAGUAUGCAUGUAAGUUACCACUGCGUCCCAAUUACAGUGGCGGCUGUCAUUGCUUGCUACGCUUAGAACUGUCAGUGUAUAGGGAGUGUACGCCGACCAUGGGGUUAUUUCCACUAGAAUAUAGGGACGCUCAUGCCUCCUAGAACUGCUAAAGUUUUUUUAUCGAGAGGAUCGUCGAACGCACCCCCUCCUCACAUGUUUGAAUUUUGCACUCGAAAUGGAGGCAUGAAGAGCACGGGCUUUGUUUUAACGUUUACUUGAGGUCACGAUUGCUGACUCAGAGAGACCUCACUAAAUAUAUCGGAAAAUUAAACAUUUUAAGUCAAUUUUGUUAUUUCCUUGACACCAUUCUUCGAGUUAAAUGGCAGGGAGGAAAGGAUUGUGUGGCCUCUUUUACCUGAGACAUUUUGUUGUUAUGUUUUCCCUGCAAUUCUUAUUCGAUCGAAACGUCGCAUUGGCUUAUUUGCGGUGUUCGAUUAGUCAUAUUCUGAUAUGCGAUUUCUGCGAAUUACUUACUUUUAAUGUGUGCACGUAAGCUGUUGGUCCUAUAAAAUACCGUAGAUAAUGUACGUUUGAAAGAACUUAGUUUUACAUGUUCUGACUGUUCUUUGCUACUGUUUUUUACUCUACAUUUUAAUGUCUACAUCAAGUAAAGUCUGUCUACAUGAACAUCGAGCGUUCCGUUGCAUAUUUAUGGGGAACUUCCGAUCCUCCUUUGUAUCUCGGUUUUUGCCAUAUUAUUGUUCGGUGGUGCCUAAUGGAGAUUUUCUUUUUUUAAUAUUAAGCGUUACUGACGCCUUCCAAAAUUUACUUUAUUUUUAAAAUAAUGUUUGAGAUUCCUCCACUUUCAGAGGACUAGUAAUUGAUGUACUUUGCAGUAUCGCGAGCUUUGCUUGUUGUCCUACGGUAAGCCUUAGUAUUUUCGCCCAUUGAGCCUGUAAAAAUAGGACUGCAUUGUAAAAUAUCAGCGUUCUUCAUCCAGUGACCCCAGGACAUCUACAAAUGAGUCAGGUUUGUAAGGCACGACGAUCGCAAAUUUUUGCAUAGUUGGUGACUACUUUUUCCAAAAGACUGUCAAAACCUCUAAUUAGAUAUCAAACUCGCAUACUAAUAAAAGCAUCCUUCUAGUGAAUAAAACGAUGACUGUUCCAGUCACUUUUAUGCGCGUUCUUACGCCUUCAUUCUUCAUAAACUGUAGAUGUCCACCCCUAAUUCUGCCAUUUCGUGUCCCCCUGAUCGGCCGAUCGACGACUUUGCGGAAAUUCCCUCUGGUUCGUCUCAGAAACAACGCUGA